AUGGAUAAAUUCAUUAAACGUAGUGUAAGUUUGUCAGAUGAAAUUAAUGAAGAAGAAAAAGAGUCAAUGAAAAAGAAACCCAAAAUUGUUCAUCGAAAAUAUGACGAAAUCUACAUAAAUUACGGUUUUACAUAUUGCGGAGACGAAUCUUGUCCUACCCCAAAAUGUCCUGUUUGCGGAGAAACGUUGGGUAAUAAUUCGAUGGUGCCCAGUAAACUAAUACGACAUUUAACUACUAAACACCCAUCAGUAGCCCAAAAAGACAAAACGUAUUUUCAACGUUUGAAGGACCAAUCGAAGGAGCAGGUAAAUCUCAUGAGUUCGUCUUUCAAAACCUCAGAGAAAGCACAAAAAGCAAGCUACGUAGUUGCUAAUAUGUUAGUUAAAGCUAAAAAGCCGCAAUCUCUUCCUGAAACUGUAGUUUUACCUGUCUGCAAAGAAAUUGUCAAGAUAAUGAUCAGCCAAGAAGCUGCUAAAGAAAUUGAAAAAAUACCUGCAUCGGCAAAAACUAUUUCACGUCGAAUCAAUGACAUAUCUAAUGACAUUAAAUCGACGUUGAUUGAGAACUUGAGAUUUAGUGGAGUUUUUGCGCUACAAGUUGAUGAGUCCACUGACAUCAGUGGUCACGCGAAUCUCAUAUCAAAUGUUAGAUACAUUGAUGGAUGUGAAUUAAAAGAGGACUUUUUAUUUUGUCUGCCACUGCCUAACCAUACAACUGGUGAAGAAAUAUUUAAAGUAACGGACGAAUUUUUCAAUGAGCAUAAUUUGGAAUGGCAUAACUGUAUAAGUGUUUGCUCAGACAGCGCAGCGGCUAUGACAGGAAAGGUUAAAGGCUUUAUAGCUAAGGUUUCUGAAAAAAAUCCUAAUGUUCAAAAACAGCAUUGUUUUUUACAUAGGGAAGCUCUUAUGAUGAAGUCUCUGCCUGAAGAUCUACUGCGCGUUCUUCAAGAAAUCAUCAAUUACAUCAAGUCGCGACCGCUGAACUCUCGUCUUUUUAAUGCACUAUGUCAAGAAAUGGGGGCAGAUCAUCAGUCGCUUUUGUUUCAUACAGGUGUACGAUGGCUUUCUCGCGGCAACGUACUUUCCCGAAUUUAUGAGUUGAAAAAUGAGACUGAGAUGUUUUUGCAGUCCCAAGGUUCAGAUUAUGCACAUUUAUUUAAAAAAGAAGAAUGGCUAGCAAAACUUGCAUAUCGGACGGAUAUAUUUGCUCACUUAAAUGAGCUCAGUAAAAAAUGCAAGGCAGAAAUUCCAAUAUUUUGA